CAUGCCUCGUGGCCAGAAGAGCAAGCUCCGUGCCAGAAAGAAGCGCCAACAGGCUCGUGCUGAGACCCAAAAGCUAGGAGAUGCUCAGGCCAAGGCAGCAGCGGAAGGAGAAGGAUCCUCCUCGCCCCCUCCUGUUGCCGAGGGUGCUUCCCAGUGCUCCCCUGCUUCUGGCACUCCCCAGCAGCCUCAAAGGGCCCCAGUCAAUACCAAUGCUGCAGGUGUUUCCCGCAGGAAGCGUGAUGUUAAUGCCAAGAGCCAAGAUGAAGAAAAACCGAGUACCUCCAGGGCCUCUACUUCUACUUGGAGCCCCAGAUAUGAUCACCUUUCAAGAAAGGAGGGAAUGAUUGUCCAGCUGAUGCUGUGCAAGUAUACAAUGCAAGAGCCCAUUACCAAGGCAGAUAUGAUGAAGCUUAUCAAUAAGAAGUCCAGAGAGCACUUCCCUGAGAUCUUCAGAAGAGCCUCUGAGCGCCUAGAUAUCAUCUUUGGCCUUCAUUUGAAGAAAAUCAAGCCAACUGGUCACUCCUACAUAGUGAUCAGCAACCUAGAGCUCAAUGAGGAUGGGACACCCCGCAGAGACUCGGGGUGUCCUAAAAAUGGGCUUCUAAUGCCUCUCCUGAGUAUGAUUUUCCUGAAUGGUAAUCGUGCCUCUGAGGAAGAGAUCUGGAAAUUCCUGAAUAUGUUAGGGAUCUUCGAUGGAAAAGUGCACUUCAUCUUUGGGGAGCCCAGAAAGCUCAUCACCCAAGAUUUGGUGCAGAAGCAGUAUCUGGAGUACCGUCGGGUGCCCCACAGCCAGCCUCCCCGCUACGAGUUCCUCUGGGGCCCCAGAGCCCAAGCUGAAAUUAGCAAAAUGAAAGUGCUGGAGUUGUUAGCCAAGAUGAAUGAUAUUACUCCUGAUGCUUUACCAACUCUUUAUGAAGAGGCUCUGAGAGAUGAGGAGGAGAGAGCCAGAGCCAGGGCUGCAGCCACGGAUAUGCCUACUGCUGAGGCCAGUGAGCCUCCCAAGACCACAGCCAACAACUAAUCUCACCCCUUCUGGAGUCUGAAGUCCAUUCUUCACUUUGACAUUGGAAAAAGCCUGUUAACUGUU